AUUCUCGGAAGGGAAACAGGCCUCGCGAGGUUCCUUGGCGAAGAGGGCACGGCUGCCGCGCGACGGAGGCAGGAGACAGGGCUGGAAGGAGGUGGCAGCCGUGCAUUUCAUCAAGGGGAGGUGGCAUCCCCUGGAUCCAAGUCGAAGAGGUUUGAACAAGGAAGUCAUGCUGGAAAAUUAUGGCACCAUGUCCUCUAUGGGUGAUGAGCAGGACAGUGAGACUGACAGGGAGCCCUGCGAGAUUUCAUUAGACACAACCAAGGAGGAAGUGGGAAAAGAGACGUUCGGAAAUCAAAGGAGGCCAAAACGGCACAAGGGAAACCAAUCGAAGAACGGGAAGAAGAAGUCCCCUCCCUCUCCGGGUGAAGAUGUCCAUGAAGUCCUGAUUCCGCAAGAGGAAUACCAAAGAAAGCGGGGGAUAAAGUGUCCUGUGUGUGGGAAAAUAUUCAGAUACAAAUCAGACUUCAGUAGACACAGCAUAAUCCACACUGGGGAGAAACCGUACAAAUGUGUGGAGUGCGAAAAGAGCUUCAGCGACAGUGGAACGCUUACUGCACAUCUAAGAACCCACACGGGAGAGAAGCCGUAUCAAUGUAUGGAGUGUGGAAUAAGCUUCAAUCGUAGCGGAAGCCUGAAGAGACAUCAGAGAACCCACACGGGGGAGAAGCCCUAUAAAUGCCUGGAGUGUGGGAAAAGCUUCGGGCAGAAAUCCAUCCUCACAACGCAUCAAUCGACCCACACGGGGGAGAAACCUUAUAAAUGUAUGGAGUGUGGGAAAAGCUACAGCCGGAACGGAAGCCUUCACCGGCAUCAAAGAAACCACACGGAGGAAUCCUAUAUCUGCGUGGGUUGCGGAAAGAGCUUCAGUCAGAGUCAACACUUCACUUCACAUCUGAGCUACUACACUGGGGAGCAACCGUAUAAAUGCAUAGAGUGCGAAAGGAGGCAGAGCCAACACCUUACUUUAGUAUACGUCAAAGAGCCCACGCAAGAGAGAACCCGUGUAAAUGUAUGGAACGUAGAAUGAGUUUUCGUGUCAGUGGGUGACCUUACUUCACAUCAAAGAGCCCACACAGGUUGGGUGGGAGAUGGAUGCAUUAUGAAAAGGCAGAAUCAACAUCUUACUCACCGUGAAAGUUUCCACAUGGGAGAAACUGUAUCAAUGUGUGGAGCACGGCAAAAGCUUCUGCAAUAGCAGAAACCUUAAUGCUUAAUUGUCUCUGUCUGAUUUUGGGGGGCCUCUGCCUUCAGCAUUCCCACACCCUACCUCAUCCUUUUCAGAGGGAUUAGGGGUGUACCAUAAGUGGAAGAGGGGGAGAAAGCAUUAGGGGUGUACCAUAAGUGCAGGGGAGGCAGGGGAGUCAGAGGAGAAUCCAUCCCCAUCACACGCACUUAGAUCUUGAUCCAAUCUUACGGCAGGUAUCCGAUGUUUGUCUAACUUAAAUCCCAUUCAUUUCAAUGGAUUGUCUCUACAUGGGACUAACAUUGGAUACCAUCCAAUGUUUUUAAUAUGUUGGGAGCCACCUUUUGAGGCUUAAUCCUGUAAGGUGGCCUGUAAAUACCGAAAUAAAAAUAAAUAAGAACCCAUAUUGGGAAGAAAUGAUUUAAUGUAUGGAGCGUGGAAGAGAGCGCACCUGUCAGACUGAUGAAAAAGAUGAGUCUUAUCUUUCAACGUUGCUCUACUUAUCUGGUCUGGCCUGUUCUGACCUCCUGCUGUCAGCAAGGAAUGACCAUCAUCUACAUCUCAGUAGGAUUAAAUGAAAAACAACACCUUAAAGUCAAUAAAUGUGUGUGAAAUAGCAGUGAUCUUCUUGUAAGAAGGGAAAAACGGUCUGAAGCUAAAUGGUGUUGGAAUGAGCAGCGUUGAAAAAGGUUAAUGAGAAACUUAACUUUGGAAGCCUAUAAAUCAAAAUAUAACAUGUAAAUAUUACCUUCGGUCAACCUUUCCCAACCUGGAGUCCUCCAGAUGUCUCGGAAUACAACUCCAAUUAUUUCCCCAGUCGGCUCUGCUGAGGGAUUAUGUGGGCUGUAGUCUGACACAUCUAGAAUACACCAGGUUGGAGAAGGCUGCCUUAAGUCUCAAGUUUUUAUCGAAGUUUCAAUAAAGUAGAAAAGUACUGUUCGAAGUUCUGUUGUUAAAAAUACUGUAGAUUAAACAUCUUUGUUCCAUGAUUUUUGUUUAGUCGUGAGAAAAUGCAGUAUAUAAAAACACACGCCCAGAGAUGGGGGCAGGACACAGCAGAAGGGCUGUACACCUGACCUGACCUGACCUGUUUUUUUCAGCUGUCAUAGAAGUUUUUGAAAGGAACAUUAAGCUGUUUAAGAUUAGGGUUGUUGUGUUUAGCUCCUCACACUGUGUAUUAACUCAUACUUGUUUUAUGUCUGAAGGAAAAGUAAAACAGAAUUUUCUGUC